GGGGCGUGGCCACCGGGGCGGGUCCCCGGGGGUCCCGGCACGGCGCCGUCAUGGCGGGGGUGUUCGACAUCGACCUGGAGACCGAGGAGGGCAGCGACGGGGACGAGCCCGAGCUGGGCGCCGAGAUGGAGCUGGAGCCCCGGGGGAACGGCCUGGAGCCGGUGGGACACUACGAAGAGAUCGAGAUUUCCGAGAGCAGCGUCAACAACGGCCCCGAGCACAUCGGCCCCCACUGCUUCGAGCUGCUCCGGGUCCUGGGCAAGGGUGGCUACGGCAAGGUGUUCCAGGUGCGCAAAGUGCAGGGCACCAACACGGGGAAGAUCUUUGCCAUGAAGGUCCUGAAGAAGGCCAAGAUCGCCUGCAACGCCAAGGACACAGCGCACACCCGGGCGGAGAGGAACAUCCUGGAGGCCGUCAAGCACCCCUUCAUCGUCGACCUCAUCUACGCCUUCCAGACGGGCGGCAAGCUCUACCUCAUCCUGGAGUGCCUCAGCGGUGGAGAGCUCUUCAUGCAGCUGGAGCGGGAAGGAAUCUUCCUGGAGGACACUGCCUGUUUCUACCUGAGCGAGAUCACGCUGGCGCUGGGUCACCUGCACUCCCACGGGAUCAUCUACCGGGAUCUUAAGCCAGAGAAUAUAAUGCUCAACAGCCAAGGUCACAUCAAGCUGACAGACUUCGGGCUGUGCAAGGAGUCCAUCCACGACGGAGCUGUCACCCACACCUUCUGCGGCACCAUCGAGUACAUGGCCCCCGAGAUCCUGGUGCGGAGCGGGCACAACCGGGCGGUGGACUGGUGGAGCCUGGGUGCCCUGAUGUACGACAUGCUCACCGGAUCGCCACCGUUCACCGCCGAGAACCGCAAGAAGACCAUCGACAAGAUCCUCAAGGGAAAGCUGGUGCUGCCGCCCUACCUGACACCCGACGCUCAUGACCUCCUCAAGAAGUUCCUCAAGCGGAACCCCAGCCAGCGGGUCGGGGGUGGCCCCGGUGACGCAGCCGAUGUGCAGAAACAGCCCUUCUUCCGCCACAUCAACUGGGAGGACCUGCUGGCACGCAGGCUGGACCCCCCCUUCAAACCCUGCCUGCAGUCGGAGGAGGACGUGAGCCAGUUCGACACCCGCUUCACCCGCCAGACCCCCGUGGAUAGCCCCGACGAUGCUGCCAUCAGCGAGAGCGCCAACCAGGCCUUCCUGGGCUUCACCUACGUGGCCCCCUCGGUGCUGGAGAGCAUCAAGGAGGGGUUCUCCUUCCAGCCCAAGGUGCGCUCCCCCCGGCGCCUCAACAGCAGCCCCCGCACCCCCGUCAGCCCUGUGAAGUUCUCCCCCUUCGAGGCGUUCAAGCCGGUGGCUCCAGGAGACCCCAUGGAUUUAGGGCCCCCCCAACCCCCCCCGCCCGAGGGCACGGCCCCCCUGCCCAUCAAACCCUCGGGGGGGGCCAAGAAGCAGAAGGGGGGCCGGGGGCGGGUGCCCAGGUAG